CUGGGGAGAGCAACACCCCCAUCUCUUCCAUCCCAGGGACCCUUUUUUCCUGGGGAGUGCUAGCACUGCCCCUGCAGUGACACCUCCUAUGCCAGAGGGUCCCACCCCUUGUGGGGAAGUAGCACCCAAUGGCACUACCGUAGACCCCCUUUUCCCUUCUGUGAGAGCGACACUCUCAGCUUCCUGGCUGCCAUGCUCCCUCCCUAGUGCUGCAGGUCCUGUCUGUAACUGAUAGGCCAUUUGUGGCUCUCUGCAGGAGGAACGAAGGUGAAGCUUGGCUGAGCUGCAAAAGCCCUGGGAAAUCUACUUUGUAUGGCAGUUUGACAUGCCAGGGAGUGGGUUCAGAUGGCAUUCCAGAGAUCUCAGCCUCUGAAGGAUUUGUUGUAAACGAAAUAACUAAGAAAAGCAUUCUCGUUUCUUGCCCUCAUGAAAAUGUUUCAACAAAAUUUUUGGCACCAUACACAAGCUUUUGCAGAAUUCAUCAGAAAAGUAUAAUCUGCAUUGAUAUUUCCAGUGGCGGAGGCCUUGGCGUAUCUACCAGCACUGAUGGGACCAUGAAAAUCUGGCAGGCUGCGAAUGGAGAAAUAAGAAGACUAUUGGAAGGCCAUGUGUAUGAUGUCAAUUGUUGCAGGUUUUUCCCAUCGGGCCUUGUUGUUCUGAGUGGGGGAAUGGAUGCCCAGCUAAAGAUCUGGUCAGCAGAAGAUGCUAGCUGCGCAGUAACGUUUAAAGGUCACAAAGCAGGUAUCUUGGACACAGCCAUCGUGGAUCGGGGAAGAAAUGUCAUUUCCAGUUCUAGAGAUGGCACUGCCCGCCUCUGGGAUUGUGGUAAAUCUGCUUGUCUAGGCGUUGUUGCAGAUUGUGGUUCUCCUGUGAAUGGCAUUGCUCUGGGCAUUGCUGACAAUACAAUAAAUCUGGGAUCACCUGAAAAAGCACCUAGCGAACGUGAAAUUGGGACAGAAAGGAAAAUCCUGCUGUUGGCUCGGGAAGACAAAAAGCUCCAAGGUGUAGGAUUACAGAGCAGGCAGCCGGUGUUUCUCUUUGUUGGAUCUGAUGCAUUCAAUUGCUGUACAUUCCUCUCAAGCAUCUAUCUCCUAGCAGGGACACAGGAUGGAAAUAUAUAUCAGCUGGAUGUGAGAAAUACAAAGGCCCCGAUUCAGAUCAUUCAUAGAUCAGGAGCACCAGUGCUUUGUCUGCUCCCUUAUAGAGAUGGAUUUAUUGCCAGCCAAGGUGAUGGAACCUGUUUUAUUAUUCAGCAAGAUCUUGAUCACGUAAUUGACCUCACAGAAGCAGAUUGUGACCCUGUAUACAAGGUUGCUACAUGGGAGAAACAGAUUUAUACAUGCUGCAGAGAUGGGGUGGUGAGGAGAUACCAGCUUUCUGACCUCUGAGCAUUUGAGGGUUAUGGAAAACAGAUAAAUUCAGAACUAAGCUAAAGUCUGGCUAGGUUUGAACCUCGGCUACAUAGCACUUCGAAAUAAAAGUAAUGCUAGCUUUCUGUGAUUGUACGGUAUAUACGAAACGUGUGUAUAUAUAAGCUGGGCGAACACUUAUGAUAAAAAUCUAAGAACAAGACUGUACAUGGAAUUCUUGAUCUGCUGCUUAUUAAAACCAAAGUUCAGACAAGUCUCUUCCAGUAAGAAGCUUAUAGAAGAUGUUAGUGUAAGAUCUUUUGUAUAUGCAAUAUAUUUACACAUUUAGUGAGCAAUUUGGUAUUUUGAAGAGAAGACUGAUUUGGAGGCUGGAGAGAGAAGUCGUCUAAAAGUUACUGUACUGCAGAAUUGAUUGAAAUAAAGGGAUUGACUUUUGUUAA